AAUAAUAUUUUCAGAUUAUAGACCAAUUUUUUUUUAUACCAGAUCAUGAACGCGUAUAUGAUAAAUAUUAUUUAAGAUCAACAUGAUUCUAUCGAAAGGAAUCGAUUCAUCUAGUUUAAAAUUUGUAAAUUUGAUUUCGUCAUUGGUGUAAAAGGCUCUCAACGAAAACGGGACGUGUGGUUAUGGCUAAAAAAAUGUAUUCUGAGCACUUGUUACGACUGCAAGAAGAGCAAAAGAAGGCUCUUCAAGAUACAGAUGAUCAAAUAAAUCAGUGGUUGAAGUUUAAAUCAGAUUAUGAAGCUCUCAAGAAAAGAUUGCUGACAUUGCCUGACCAAGUAACACAUGAUGUUAUGGUUCCAUUUGGUAAGAUGGCAUUUAUGCCAGGUCAGCUGGUGCACACAAACGAGAUCCUUGUGCUGCUGGGAGAUAAUUGGUUCGCAGAGAGAUCCGCUAAACAAGCUGCUGAGAUUGUCGAUCGUAGAACUAAAGCUGUAGACAAACAACUACAAGAGUUAACAAAACAGAAGCAGUUGCUAGAACCUAGACAACAAUUUACCUCAGAACUUCAACAAAUGUCACAGGAUAGAGGAGGGAUGUUGGAGAUAAGGGAAGAGUAUGAUGAAGAGAAAGAAAGACAGUGGAAAGAGGCUCAUAGACAGCAUGUUAGAGAAUAUAGAAGCAGACUGAAGAAAGAAGUAGAGAAACAGGAAACCAGUCUGUCUUCUGUACAGACUGGACAAACUGGACUCACAGAUGAAGAGCUCUGGGCUAGACUGGACCAACUUGAGGAAAUAGAAAGUGAAAGAAAGGAAGUGAAGAGAAUAGGAACUCAUGCUGAGAAGAAACUGGAAGGUUACAAGUUUCCCGAUUUCCCACACAGUAAGGAGAAAAUUGAAAACUUAGAAGAGAGUCCUCAUGGGUCAGAUCAUUCUGAUACAGAGGAAUCCUCAUACACCGCCUCUGAUGAGCUAGAUUCAGAUGACGAUGAGAUAGAGGAUGACAUUGGUGAAAUAAAUGCUUCUGAGGAAGAAUUGGAUAGUAAAGGAACACUCAUUACCUUCUCUCAUAGUAGAAAUACAGAGAAUUCCCAUCCUGUAGCUGGAGAAACUAUUGAUAAACACCUGCCACUCACCUGUCCUGGGGACAUCUAUACAAGUUAUAUACAGUCAUUGAAACCAAAGUCAAUAUUGAAAAAAUCACCUACCCAACAGAAGAAGAAAAUGAAACAUAAAACAAAGAGAACUGUUGUAGAGUUUGACACGGGAUCUGAGGAUGAGAAGGUUAUCAGACAGAACAAAUCUGUGCAGCAAAGUUCUUUGGAACCAGCAUUUUCUGGAACUGUAGUAGAAAAAUCUGUUCCAGAAAAAUCCACCACAGAGAUGUCUCCCUUACAACAGGUGCUGCCACAGAGACCAGUGUCAAAGUUCAAAGCUCAGUCAGCCAAUCAGAACAGAGACAUGAAAGAAACAGUUUCAGAAUUAACCAAUCAGACAGACUCUACAAAUGUUAAACCAGUGUCAAAAUUUAAAGCUCAAAGACAGAUGAUUAGAAGAUAACAUUGUGAUUAUAUACCAGUUACAUAAAAUACUUGAAAUAAUGUUUUGUCUUUUAUCACAGACAGGGAAAUAAAUACCUGUCCUCUCUA